AUGGCGUACCAACCUCCAUACGGUCCUCCGCCAGGACAAUAUGGUGCGCCACCGCCAGGCCAUUCUCCACAACCUCCUUAUGGACAGCAGCCGUAUGCACCACCAGGCCAGCAAUACGGUGCGCCGCCAUCCCAGCAAUAUGGAGGUCCUCCUCCCCAGCAGUAUGGUGCGCCUCCCCCUCAGCAAUACCCGCCCCCUCCACAACCGCCAUAUGGCCAACAGCAGCCAUACGGCCCGCCGCAGGGCCAAUAUCCUCCCCCACCGCAGCCUGGCUACGGCCAGCCUCCUCCAGGGCAAUACCCUCCCCAGCAAGGCUAUCCGCAACCGCCAUACGGCUCGCCAGCACCAGGUGGCUAUGGGGCCCCUCCGGUCCAGUACCCGCAACACGGCUAUGGCCAGCCCCACGUACAACCCACUCCCCCAUCUCUCGGCUACGGCCCUGCGCAACAUAUCCCCUACGAUGGCGCAGCAGACGCUGAGGCUUUGAAGAAAGCCAUGAAAGGGUUCGGUACAAACGAGAAGCAGCUCAUCCAAACUCUCUGUGACAAGGACCCUCUUCAAGUGGCGGUCAUCCAGAGAACGUUCCAGCAGCGCUACGGCAAGGACUUGAUCAAAGAGAUCAAAAGCGAAGUCUCAGGGUAUUUCGAAGAAGGCCUUGUAGCCAUUGUCCGCGGUCCCUUGCUUCAAGACUGCGCCCUCCUCCUCAAAGCCCUCGAAGGGCCGGGCACGAACGAGAAGCUCCUCAAUGAUGUGCUCCUUGGCCGUUCCAACGCCGAUAUGAGGGCCAUCAAGGAAACGUACCAGAGAACCUACCGUCGUAAUCUCGAGAAAGACAUCAAAGCUGACCUGUCCAUGAAGACCGAGCGCCAUUUCUUGAUGGUGCUGGCCGCCAACCGGAAUGAGGAUAGCGCACCAGUUAUUCCGCAGGAGAUUGAUCGCGACGUCAUGGACCUGUAUAAGGCGACGGAGGGGAAGGUGGGGACGGAUGAGCUGCUGGUAUGCAAUAUCCUGACGCAGAGGAGUAAUGCGCAGAUUUCAGCUAUUGCGCAUACGUACAAGCAGAAGUUUACGAGAGAUCUCGAAUCUGAAUUCUCCGGCCACAUGGAAGACGCUCUCCUCUACCAACUUCGUACAGGGGUCGAUCGCGCCAUGCGCGACGCGAUCAUGCUCGAAGAAGCCAUGUCUGGCUUGGGGACCAAGGACGUACUUCUCGUCAACAGAGUCAUCCGCGCGCACUGGGAUAGGAACCACAUGGCGCAGGUGAAAGGGGCUUACCAGGCGAGAUUCAGGAAGAGUCUGGCGAGCAGGAUCAAGGGGGAGACGAGAGGGGACUUUGAGAAGCUCAUGAUAGCUUGCAUUGGGGAGCGGUAA